AUGCCUCACAGGGUCACCGCCAACGCUCCUGUGGUCCCGUCGAAGGACAUGGCUCCACUCCCCAAGAAUUUUGCACCGGUGUUCUUCAGAAAUCAAUUCUGCACCACGAUCGAACUGCCCACGAAGCAAAAAUACCCCAACGUAGCAGGCCAAGUUGCCAUCAUCACCGGCUCGAACGGCGGAAUCGGCUUCGACGCUGCGCAACAGCUCCUUUCCCUCGGUCUGUCGCAUCUGAUUAUGGGCGUCCGGUCUCUCUCCCGAGGCAACGAAGCAGCCAGCAAGCUCAAAGCCGCCCAUCCCUCGGCCAAGAUCGAUGUCUGGCAGCUCGAUAUGGAGUCGUACGAGUCGAUCCAAGCCUUUGCGCGCAAGUGUAACGAAACCCUUUCGCGCAUCGACAUAGCAAUCCUCAACGCCGGCAUCGGGCCCCUCACGUACCAGACAGUCAGAUCAACCGGCCACGAACUCACCCUCCAGGUCAAUCAUCUCGGUACAGUCUUCCUUUCAAUCCUCCUCCUUCCGAUAUUGAAGAUCAAAAGCCCUGGUAUGACACCUCCACACCUCACAAUUGUCAACUCGGUCACCGCGCACCUGGUGAAGUUCCCGAACCGACGCCAACGCCCACUUUUGGCCUCCUUCGACAACCCCAAAACAUUCAACCCACAGGAGCAAUACGGCGUGUCCAAACUAAUCUCCCAGUUGUUCCUCGUCAAGCUGGCCGAAUUGGUAGACCCCAACGACGUGAUCAUCAACAUGGUGGACCCCGGCUUGGUCAAAGGUACAGGCCUAGCCCGCGACACCAAGGGUAUGCAAGCCGUAGCCGCAAAGAUGUUCUUCGGUAUCGCUGGAAGACCCGUGGCCCGGGGUGCGGCGACGUAUGUCCAUGCGGUUUUGGGACACGACAAAGAUUCUCAUGGCUGCUUCCUGAUGAACAGCAAGAUAGCGCCGCUCUCAGGCUGGUACUACACCGAAGGCAAGACCGUGAACGAUGUGAUUUGGAACGAGACUCUCCAAGAGCUCAGCUUUGCCAAUGCCGAGCAAAUCAUUGCGUCGAUGCAGAGAACUGUUUGA